CUCGUGGGGCCCUUGGAGGGCUCCUCUGUAGGGCCCCUUUUCUUGCCUUGAGGGCUCUGCUUGCCUUCUCAUCCCCUGGAGGAGAUCAAGGCCAUGGGUUGGUCUCUGCUGCUGCCCCUGCUUCUGCUGCCGUCACCAGCAUUUCUGGGAACUGGUGACUUAGCAGUAUACUAUCGGGUCGAGCAACCUGCACAGCUCUCAGCCCCCAUGGGAGGCUCCAUCCAAAUCCCCUUCUCCUUCUAUUACCCUGGAGAAUUAGCUGAUCCCAGAGUGCGCAUAUCCUGGAGACGGGGACACUUCCACGGGGAGUUCUUCUACAACACAACUCCGCCUUUCAUCCAUGAGGAUUACAAGGGCCGGAUCUACCUGAACUGGACAGAGGAUCAGAAUUCUGGCUUCCUCAGGAUCUCCAACCUGGGGCCAAAGGACCAGUCUGUAUACUUCUGCCGAGUCCGUAUCAAAAUAAAGACAAUUGGCUGGCAGGCUGUUCAAUCCAUCCCAGGGACCAAGGUCACCAUCACUCUAGCUGACAGGACCACCAUCCAGAGCCCCACCAACAAGGCCAACACAGCUACCACAGCUGGUGUCACAGUCACAGAGGGCAAACAGAGCUCAGGAUCUCAGCUCCUCAGUCUGGAGAUGGCACUCGGGGUGGCAGUGGCCACCAUUGCGCUCAAAACUGUCAUUUUGGGACUGACAGUGUUCCUCGGAUGGAAAAGAAGAAAAGGUCAGAAGACUAAAGCCACAACCCCAGCCAAGGAACGCUCCCAAAACAUGGAGGAGAAAUAUGAGAAUAUUGGGAAUGACAGGCAAUAUGCAGACCCCAAGUUAAACCCCAAGAAUGACAGCGUCGUCUAUGCUUCCCUUGCCCUCUCCAGCUCCACCUCACCAAGAGCACCACCCAGCCACCAGAUGCACAGUGGACCCCAAGAAACCCUGUACUCUGUCUUAAAGGUUUAAAUAGUGGGACAGCGCUCUAAGGCCAAAUGAUGAGGCUAGGUGUAGUAGCUAGUGUCUGUAGUCCUAACUACAAGGGAGGGUAAGCUAGGAGGAUUGCUUGAAGUCAUAAGUUCAUGACCAGCUUUGGUAAUAUACAGAGACCUCCACCUCUAAUUUAAAAGAAGAAAAAAUAAUAAAAUAAACAUUUUUAAAGAU